AUGUUGGGACGAUUUAUGUCCCAUCAUAUUUGAAAUUUUGUAAGCAUUUCUCUUUCCAAUUCUUGGUAAUUGAAUGAUCUUAUGGCAUUAACAUGCAAUCAAUAUCUUAAGAACCGUUUUGAGAUACAAAAAGUUGCAAUGGUAGGCUCACCAAGAUGGUGUUAUUUUGAGUUUUAAAUUAUGUAACAGGAUUGUAACAUCACCGGAAGGAGAGUAUGUGAUAGUGAAGUAUGAUGAGAUGACAGAACUGCUAGGUGAGCUGGAGGAGGAGAUCUUCAAUACUUGGUGUGAGGAGAUUUCCACAGAUUUGCAAUGACAGUCUCACCAAGACAUUAUUGUUGGUUGAUCCAGAUACCAGAAUUCUGACCCUUAAUUUCGACAAAGAACUGGAUGCAGGGCUGAAAGAAGUACGAUAUCUGAAACUGAUUGGGAAGGGAGAGGUGCCAGAAGAAGCCCAGGAAUUGUUUGAUCGCAGCGACCAACUGUGGCAGUAUACCUACAAUCUGAACCUUACCAUUAACUGGUACAACCAAAUGAGGCUAGACAGCAAACCAGAAGAGUUCAAACUGGUGGAGGAAGAAGUGUUGGCAAUUGAUGAUUUGAUUGAUGAAGCUCAGAGUUUACUGAACUGGAUGUCACCCAAUGCAUGGGAAUACAUAGAGUCUAUCAGAGACCUGGUGGAUCAGUUGGCACAUCGAGUGUUAAGAGCACAAAAGAACCUGGUGAGAAUCAUUACGCUGGCUAACACGUGGGCAAAUAUUCCUCUCUUUAACCGUAAAAACUUGGACAAGGAUAAUCUCCUUGCACUGGAAGAGGCACCAGACAAGGUACUCAAGAGGUACAUGGAACUGCAUCAAGCGGGGCUGGAAGUCUGUAAGUUGGUGGCAGAGAACUUCCGCCUGUACUUCAAUGUACCACUAAGAGUCCCCCCGCCUCCUCCCCCUGCCGAUGAGGCUUUAGAGGAUGAGCUGUAUGAACAGUUGCUGCCCCUGCCACCGGAAGAGGGUGCCCCAUUGACACCUCAGGGUAUGCAAUUCCUCAAUAUAAAACAGAUCUAA